UGGGAACCGUUUUAUCGAACAUAGGAAGCAUUCCCAUUGAUAUCGUCACCAUAAUGGAGUGUAACACCACAUCGUGCUGAUAUUUAACGAUUAUAAAAGCUGCCAGUCGCUGUUGGCAACGAACAACUCUCUUGCUAUUCUCUUGACACCUUUUGUUUGUGCUCAAGGAUUACUUCACACAUCAUGCCUCAUGCCUUGUCACCAGAGCGAGACGUCCCGAGCUUUCAGGGAGAGAAGCUAUACGUGAACGAUGGUCUUCUCAAACCAGAGCAAGUCGGUGCUCUGAGGCAAUCAUCGCCAGACAUGCCGCUAGAAGAGUUAAGACGCAGGUACAACGGGGAUGGAUAUGUGUUCCUGAAAGGCUUGUUGCCAAAGGAGGAUGUUCUCAAGGCCCGUGAAGAGUACUUCAGUAUGUUGGCACCCAGCGGCGUCUUGAAGCCGGGGACACAACCCGUGGAGGGCAUCUUCGACUUUAAGAAGAACCCUGCAGAUUACCCCGGUAUUGGAGCAGGCGCAGCUGGUGGUAAUGGAAGACCUGGUGAGGAGACAGCCGACAAAUUCGUCGACCUCGCUCUGCAAGCACACUAUGCGGACUGGUACAAGGAGAAGUUCUGCAAGCAUCCGGUUCUCAAAGACUUCAUCGCUCGUAUGACAGGCUGGGGCGAUGAGAAUACUCUGGGUGUCCGGCGAAGUCUGCUUCGGAACAACACACCAGGUAACAAGGCCAUUGGCGUCCACUACGACCAAAUCUUCUUGAGAUACGGCGAGCCCACUAGUGUUACUGCAUGGGUACCGAUGGGCGAUGUCAGCCUGACUGGCGGAGGUCUGAUUUAUCUGGAGAAUGGGCAUACUCUUGGGCAAGAAGUGGAAGCAGACUUCACUGCGAAGGCAAAGGCCAGUGGUCUCACUGACGAGGAGGCGAAGUAUGCUUUCAACCAGAACAUGCUGUCCACUGGUCUGCUGGCAGAUGGGGCAAGGGAGUACUCUGAGACGUUCGACCGGAGGUGGUUGGUGACACCGUACGAAGCUGGGGAUGUCGUGCUGCACACCCCUUUCGCUAUUCAUGCCUCGACGAUGAAUUAUGAUCCAAACAACGUGAUCAGAGUCGGCACUGAUCUGCGAUUCGUGGACGCCAGUAAGCCAUGGGACAAGCGGUGGGAUAAGGACUACAGCUUCAACGACGGUGUAUAGAUAUGAUGAGAUCAGCGACAGGAUCGAGGAUACUUGUUCAGUUGCGCCUUCAAGCGAGCAUCCCAGCCGUAUACUCUCAGAAACAGAUACGCACAAAUAUA